GGGGUGCUUUUCUGCGGUGCGGGGAGCAUAAUAUUGCUUUGCCAUUGGCGCUAUCCGAUAUCUGCAGCGUCAUGUUGCAAAUGACAAUGCGAGGGCGGCGCCUUCGCUUUCUGCCCGUGGCGCUGGCCUUGGCCGGGUCCUUAGCCUUCGCCCAGGCGGAGUUGCCCUGGAACCGGUCUGAGGGAGCUGAGGCACGCAGCUGGCAGGCGCUAGCUCCUUCCGUGGUCGUUGCCUGCCUUCCGGGCAGCUGCGAGGCCUCGGUCUCCCCGGAGGUCGUCUCAGUGGGCCUGGGCUCUAUCGGCAUGCUGAUCGGGCUGCUGCUGGCGGGCAUGGUCUUUGGCCGCAACAUCGCCGGCUUCCUCGACAGCCUCGACAGCAUCGAGUCAUAACGCAUUUGCGC